AGAAAAUGUAAAUCGAAAUCCACCACUCACACCUAUCCUUCUCGGCCAUUUGCAGUUUGCACAAAGAGCAAGAUAAGUAAAAAAGCAGAAAGAGUAACAUCAUUACCAACCCAUUAUCGUUCUUCUUCUUCUUCAUAUCCAAUUUAAUCAUCUCCAAACACUUCUAUAUAAACUCCAAAACUUUCACUUCACUUCCUUCAUCAAACUCAAUACAUUCUAAAUCCAAACUUACAAUUUGAUCAUCAUAUCCCAAAAAAAAAAAAUGGAGGGAAGAGAUGAGGAUGUAAGGGUAGGAGCCAACAGGUAUUCAGAGAGGCAGGCAUUGGGAACAUCUGCACAGAACAUUAGUAAGGACUACAAUGAAGCACCACCCGCACCAUUGUUUGAGCCAGUUGAGAUGCAUUUGUGGUCAUUCUGGAGGGCCGGAAUCGCCGAAUUCGUAGCCACUUUCUUAUUCAUUUACAUAACUCUGUUGACUGUCAUGGGAGUUUCAAGGGCUAAGAACAAGUGCCAAUCUGUUGGUGUUCAAGGCAUUGCUUGGUCUUUUGGUGGCAUGAUCUUUGCCCUUGUCUACUCCACUGCUGGUGUCUCAGGUGGACAUAUAAAUCCAGCGGUGACAUUUGGGUUCUUGCUAGCAAGGAAGUUGUCCCUAAUUAGGGCUAUUUUCUACAUAGUGAUGCAAUGCCUUGGGGCAAUAUGUGGGGCUGCUGUGGUCAAGGGAUUUCAGCCAUCACUCUUUGAGACUAAGAAAGGAGGUGCUAAUUUUGUAGCCCAUGGCUUUAGUAAGGGUGAUGGACUUGGUGCUGAAAUCCUUGGUACUUUUAUCCUUGUCUACACUGUCUUUUCUGCUACUGAUGCCAAGAGAAAUGCCAGAGAUUCUCACGUCCCUAUAUUGGCUCCUCUACCAAUUGGGUUUGCUGUAUUUUUGGUUCACUUGGCAACCAUACCAAUCACAGGAACAGGCAUCAAUCCAGCCAGGAGUCUUGGUACAGCCAUUCUUUAUAACCGGCACCAUGUCUGGGAUGACCAAGUAAGUUAAUCAUUUCUUAUCUAGUAUAUCAAAAGAUUUUCUGUAUCACUUUUCGGUUUAUAUUUUUUGAAACGUAUCUAUAACUAUUUCUCUACCAAAAAUUCGAUUUUUGUUAGUUUUUAAUAUUAGACAACAAUACACGUGACAAACCUAUAAAAUAUUGAAUUUGUUUUACAGUGGGUCUUCUGGGUUGGACCUUUCACAGGGGCAGCUCUUGCAGCUAUCUAUCACCAAGUUGUUCUCAGGGCCAUCCCUUUCAAGAGCGGAAAUUAAUUCUACUCUUACUUGCAAUAAUUUUCAUCGCCUUCUAAACUAAAUUAAUAUUAAUUAUUGCUGGGUUCUCAUUUUAUGGUCGAUCUAUUAUUAUGUGUGGAUCAUAAUGCAUGAAAAUUUGAUGGGAAGAAGAAGAAAAGAAGGAAUUUGUUGGGAGGAUGCAAUUAAAGCUAUUGUACUUUGUAUCAAGUACUUGUUCUUGUAGAGAUUGCUUGGUUCUUGUUUGUUGCUGUUAUAAUGUUGCUUUCUUUUCUUCUUCUAGACCCCCCUUUGCUUUUUUUUUUUUCAGGUUGAGAAUUUUAUUCUUUUUUUUUGUAUUUUAAUUUCAUUUUCAAUGAGCUUUACUAACAAGGAGGAAGAAAAGAAGAAAAUAAAUUUAAAUCCUCGAACCAUAAUUAAUAGUCC